ACGAACUCACUUAUACACAAAGAGAUUAAAAAAAUACCUUCUAAUUAUCAAAAAAAAAAUGUGACGUCAUUUACGUGUGACAUUUAAUUGCGCCACCCUACUAAGUUAUCAAAAUAUUAAUUUAAAAAACGGGUGGGCAGCCACCACGAGAAGUUAAAAUACCUUUCGUUUCUUUUUCAAUUUGAUUGAACCGAACAGGAUGAGUGGCCGGAACCGGGGGAAAGGCAAAAGAGGCGCAGGACCCUAUCGCAAUGUCAAAGCGAAUCACAAUUGCGCUCGCAGCUUUGCACAGCAGGCCAACGAAUUGGCCAGCAGUAGCGAAGGCGACAGCUCGGAUUCGGAAUCUUCGGGACCGGAGGCCAAGGAUGAUCUCGGUCAGCCGCCGGAGUUCGCGGUGGCCAUGUGGGACCUUAACCACUGCGAUCCGAAGAAGUGCUCGGGCAGGAAAUUGGCUCGUCUGGGACUGAUUUCGAAUCUACGACUGGGCCAGAAGUUUUCCGGACUUGUACUUUCGCCUGUGGGUCAGUUGUGUGUCAGUCCUCUGGAUCGAGAUGUGGUAUCCUCCUCGGGAGUGGCUGUGAUCGACUGCUCGUGGGCCAAGCUGGACGAAACCCCCUUUGGAAGGAUGCGUAGCCCAUAUCCGCGCCUGCUACCUUUUUUGGUGGCCGCCAAUCCCAUAAACUACGGCAAGCCCUGUAAACUUAGCUGCGUUGAAGCUAUUGCCGCCACUCUGUACAUCUGUGGAUUCCCGGAGGAGGCCCGCUGGUUUCUUGGCAAGUUUUCCUGGGGUCACGCCUUCCUCGAACUGAACGACAAGCUCCUAAAUGCGUAUGCAGCCUGCAAGAGCAGCGAUGAGAUUGUGAAGGUGCAGAACGAGUAUCUAAAGCAGGAGCAGCAGGAGCGGGAUAAGCCCAGGGAUCUGCGCGACUUCUAUCCUACCAGCAGCAGCAGUAGUAGCGAGGCAGAAAGCGAGGACGAUAAUGGGGUGGCGGAAACAAAUCCGAAUAAGUAAUUUUUACAAGGUGCUGACAUUUUAUUAGCAUUACUAUUAGCUUAUUACAAAACAUUGUUACUUGUGUUUUAAUUUACAAACCAGUUGUUAGGAGCAACUAUCAAAUUAUUGCAAACUGUUUGGAUAAAAUAUUUACUUCAAGUCAAAGAGA